AUGGAGUCGCUGAUCCAAAACCCAAUGUCCUCUCAUAUCAAACACUCAUCAAAUGACUUCGCCGGAAUUGCUAUAGGAGUCGUUCUCGAGAGUGAUGGAGGUUCGGAAAAGAACUGGUCCGGGCUCAGACAACCCGGUGUUUUGUUGGCCUACACAUCGACUCUUGCAAACGCGUUGAUGGGGCUUGCCUUUGCCCAAGCGGCCGUGAUAUUCUUCUGGGUCCAAGCAACAACGCCGUUACCAGUUGAGUUCCGGCAUUUCUCGGCUGUCAUAUCUAUCCUCGUCACAGUCACGUCCCUCCUUCGCGUGAUCGAUGUAUGGCAGAACAGUACCAUUGAUCUUCCGGUCACUUUGAAUAUCAGCAGCCUUUGGGGAAGAAAGUUUGGCAGUUUAGAUGUGGAUUAUACGCGGCCCAUUGGGCAAUUCGCUCCCGGAUUCUCAGAUGUGGUCCGCGAUUUUCUAAACAAAGCGCCCAUCCGAAUGAGAGGGGCAUUCGGCUUCGAUGUUGUUAAUUGUACAGAACUAAAAAACAGCUCUGAUACAUGUGACCUUGGUUGGCAGACGAUCGAACCCCAGAGAGAGCAUGAUGAAUAUCGGAAAAACAUCAUAUUUGAGACCUCCGUAAGGCCAAUUAUGGACGAUGAUCUUAUUCAUCACCCCGGUGCCAUCUCUUCAAACAGGUCAAUGAUCCAAAUCACCACAAGACGCAAAACUGAUACCGAAUGCACCGGUAUCUUCCUAAAUCAUACAUGCAAUCUUAACCCUGGAGCAGUAAUGUACAGUCCUAUUUAUGCGUAUCUGCAGGACCUAGACUAUCCAACGGCGGUAAACACCGUGUUUCCGCUUUGGCAAUUGGGAGCUUCACUCUUCAACUCCACCUCUUGGAUGCAGGAUUCCUAUGAUCACAGUUAUUCGGCGAACUACGAAGGUCUUGUUGCCAGCCUGAGUGCUGCAAAUGGGACCACCGUUGAAUUCGGCUCGCCGUGCUAUCACUACUUCAACGAUCCCAUGGAUUAUAUCAUCGACACUUACCGCGAAAUAGCCUUUCGCAUGUCUGUCCGUGCCGCUGCCGGCCUUUCAAACGACUAUCUCGCAGGCGAAAGUAGCAGCGUACAACAACUACCCGAUCUUAUGCAAAGAGGCGUUCCAUACACACUCCACUCCACCCAAGUACAGUAUGCCGCUGAUCGUCCAGCCCUGGUUCUCGCAGUCAUAGUCAGCCUUGUCGGACCAGUGGCGAUUCUGUUCCUUUUCUGGGGCUGGUGGAAGCUGGGAAGAGAUUUCUCCAUCAGUUCUCUCGAACUUGCCAACGCACUUCAACAACAAGAGAGGCGCACAUCCAGAUCAUCAGGAGAGAACCAACGACUAAUGAAUAAUGACGACGCAUUAGCCGGCGAUGAUAUGGCCAUCCAGGAUGAGACAGCAACCGAAAUGACACAAAUGAGUUGUAACAGCGUCAGUGGUAGUGAUAUCGAUCAGGAACAAGGACAACAUUUGGCCAGUGUCUUCGCCGAUUGCAGCGGCAACGCUACAGCUGACGAACUGGCCAAGCAUUUCCGCCAACGCGGCCAAAGGAAGAACUCCAAGGACGGGAAUGAAAACGAAGAGGAAGAAGGAGAGCCGAUGAUUCAGUACGGCGUGGUUGAAAGCGGUAACGGCAAGUAUCUUGGUUUUGCAAUGGUGUCCGGCUCUCAGGGGGCUACUACUGCUGUUCGUCGAUCUUGGAAAGGGGAGUUGUUGUAA